CAAUUGGAAAGGCUGCUCUUCAAAAAUACAUUCUAUUAAGUAAUUCACCAUUUAAAAUAUUACCAGUGUUUUAUUUAUACUCAAGGUCUAAAUGUCAUUCAAUGUCAUCCAUUUUACUAUUUAUUUACCGAUGUUGACUUACAGACUGUCUGUUGGACGUUUAAAGCGGCUCAACAACGCCCUCGACUGGACGGUACACUCAAUGACAUGUCGGCUUUUGUCAACUACAGGCAGCCAAAAUCAGACAGUCGAUGCGUUCGCUUUGCCAGUGGCGCGCGUUGCCAGCCAGCCAGCAACAACCAGCCGCCUGAAUGUAGAUCCGCUACGAUUACUCCAGCUCUCCUAAGAACCCAGCGGAAUCAUAAGAUACGGAUCCCAGGAUGGUGUUAGUGCAUGUGGGGUACCUGGUUCUUCCCGUGUUCAGCUCAGUAAGAAACAGAGGAUCCCAUUUCAACCGGCAACAGCAGCACAGCCAUGCUACAUCUUGCCGGAACUUCCAUUUAGGUCCCCAGGCCCCGUUGCCCAUGGACUUCCCAAUGCCCCACCCAGGGCAGCCACAGUCAGGCAUUAACCCCCACUUGGCACCCCCUGGUCACCAGCAUGGCCCUCUGCUCCACCCACCCCUCAAUCCCAUUCCCACUCCCCAGUUUCAGGACAUCCCUGUCCCUCCCUUCCUACCUCAGACUUUACACCAGCAAUACCUCCUCCAGCAGCAGAUCCUCGAAGCCCAGCACAGACACAUCCUGCCACCCUCCAGUAGACGCACUCCAGAAAGAGUUCCUCACCAGCCCCACAGAUUGCAGCCUGGCUACGAGUUUGCUCCUCCUCUUCAUGUCCCUCCUCAGCCUGUGGUGCAGCAGCCCCGCUACCUGGCCGAGGGCACUGAUUGGGAUCUGAGCGUAGAUGCUGGGCUGCCCCCACACCAGUAUCACAUCCAUCCACUGCCACAGCACUAUCAGCACUACUUGACCUCUCCUAGGAUGCACCACUUCCCUCGAAACAAUGCCUCAACACAAGUGGUUGUCCAUGAGAUCAGAAAUUACCCAUAUCCCCAGCUGCACUUGCUGGCUCUGCAGAGUCUCAACCCUGCCCGCCAUGUGUCUGCUGUUAGAGAGAGCUACGAGGAGCUUCUACAGCUGGAGGACAGGCUGGGCAGUGUGCACCGUGGCGCAGUCCAAACCACCAUAGAGAGAUUCACCUUCUCACACAAGUACAAAAAGAGAAUACCACAGGACCUGAAGAUGUAUCUGGAGGACAAGGAGCUGGGCAUAGAUGAGAAGUGCACCAUCUGUCUGUCAAUGCUGGAGGACCUCUAUUUCUGUAGGAGAUUACCCUGCAUGCACCUGUUCCACCAAGCAUGUGUGGACCAAUGGUUGGCCACCAGCAGGAAAUGCCCCAUCUGCAGAGUGGACAUUGAGACCCAGUUGACCCCUGACAGUUGAUAGCACCUAUCGACUCUUGUUAAUUCUCCAUUGCCUCUCACCUGAGGAGAAGCUCUGCUAAACAUCCCCCCACCCUUCCU